UGUUGUGGGCUGCUCCGGUUCAUUGACCAACGUUACACUGCAGGUCACACCGGACAAGAGGAGCAGCAGGCUGCCAGUGAGAGAUUGAAUCCAGCAGUCGCAAUGGCAGACAGCGGCAAGACUAAUGAGAGCGGAGCGGCGGCAGCGGAACCAGCACCAGCUAAUGGAGACCAGCAGAAUGUUGUUUCCCGAGUGAGCCAGCUGACGCUGGUCAGUUCGGCGUGCGAGGUGGUUUCCAGCGCCUACAGCAGCACCAAAGACUACGUGCCCUUGCUGAAGGGAGUGAUGGACGUCGCGGAGAGCGGGGUCCGGACCCUGGGAGCGGCUGCCGCCACGGGGUCAAAGCCGCUUUUGGACAUCAUGCAACCACAGCUUGCUACCGUGAAUGAGUACGCCUUGAAGGGACUGGAUAAGAUGGAAGCCACGCUGCCUAUUCUUCACCAACCCGCAGACAAGGUGGUGUCGGACACAGUGGGUAUGAUGUACCAGUCGGUGGCGGGGGCCAAAGAUGCUGUGAUGGGGGCUGUGAUGGGUGGUGUGGAGCUGACCCGGGCAGCGGUCAGCGGAGGUAUCCUCAGCGCCAUGGGCACCAGGAUGGGCCAGAUGGUCAGCAGUGGGAUGGGCCUGGCACUGAGCCGAUCCGAGGACUGGGUCGACCAGAACCUGCCACUCACUGAGAAGGAGCUGGCUGCUGUGGCUGAGCCUGCCAGCAGUGCGGUGGCGGUCCCGUCGAGCCACAGCUACUUCGUCCGCUUGGGGAAACUCUCCGCCAAAGUCCGGGAGCGAGCCCUGGAGCUGUCCCUGUCUCGUGCUGGCAAUGCCCGAGACGCCACCUACGCCACGGUGGCUCAGAUUACCAGUACUCUGGACCUGCUGGAGAGGGCCCGUGCCGGCCUCGGUACCGCCGGUAACCAGAUCGGAGGCGCCUCGGAGCAGCUGCUGCAGCGCUGGACGGAGUGGAAGCAGAAGCAGGCUGGAGCCACUAACACUCAGACUCAGUCGGAGCCGGAUGGGACCAAAGAUGAGGCUGAGCAGCUGGAAUGGCGCGUCCUCUCCAUGGUGCACGGUCUGAGUGACCAGCUGAGGUCCGCGUGCUCCGGCGUGGUGACGAGUGCUCAGGGUCUGCCCGGCGCCGUCCAGGACCAGCUUACCAGCGCGAAACGAUCAGCUGAAGAAUUGCACUCCUCUCUGGGGACCGCCAGCACCAUCACACCCGUCAUUCUGGAGCAGAGCCGACACCACCUGAACCAAGUUCGACAGUCUCUGGAUGGUGUCAUGGAGUAUCUCCUGAACAACAUGCCACUCAACUGGCUGGUGGGACCUUUUGCCCCUCAGGUCAUUGAGAAGGGCGAUGGGGCGAUGGAGCAGAGCGGACCACCCAACUAAACUGGCAAUUCUUUGUAUUUGUUUUUUCAAUGUGGGUGACAGGAGACUGGUGUGUACUGUAGAUGGGAUGUUAAAAUAUAUAUAUAUCUCUGCUUGAAAGAGGCCGUAACUUUUCCAUACGUUUUUGACACUUUGUGAUGUAGAUGUUUUAUAACUGAAAUCUCUGACGUGGCCAUGGAACAUUUGCACAUCUGUUCACUUUAUUGUACAUCGUAAAAGUCAAAAGUAUUUUUGUACAUAUGUACAAAAGUGCAAUCUAUGCACGUGCCAAAGACUUUCAUUGGUGCCUAUAAAGAAGUUCCAUCCUUCCUAGAACCAACCCAAUGCUCGACAUUUCCCUUUGAGUGGAUAAAGCGGCUAGACGCAAUAAACUACAUCUCAAAUGUAGAGGGGAACAGUGUAAUGAUCCGUUUAUAGAUUAUGCAGUUUUAACUUCAGUAUUUUGUGCCAGCACUUUGACAUGUUUCUGGAAGCAGCUGAUUAACUCGACGUGUCAAUACAAUUCCGCCCCAGCACAGUAUUGAUGUAUUGAAUAUAUUCAUUAAAAAGUGUCAUCCCUUA